AUGGAUUCCCAACCUACACUCCCCAUUCCGAUCUCAUACAUAUCUGGUAGAUAUUUGCUGUUCUCAAUCGAUGCCGUGACCUAUCUCCGACGCGAGCACAACAUCUGCGGUGUGUUGAUCGGGACCCUUCCUCAAAUCCCGCAGCAAAAUGUGUUCUUGGGUCUGCCGCUCGAGCUGAUGCCCGAGGAGGCGCGGGUGUUGGUAGACAGGGAUGUAGCUUGCAUUGUAGACGAAGCCAAGGCCCACGAUGGCAUGAAGUCGCUCAUAGAAGAGGACCGCCGACAGUAUCUACGCGAACUAGAAUCCCAGGGUCUCCACGCCUCGCGCAUCCUGGCGGACCGCAAGGACCAGCAACGAGAGCAGGCGCUGAAGAAGCUAGGCGAGAAGGCCAAACUCAAGGCUGCGAAAGCCGCAGAAAAUACCUCUGCUUCCUCGGCGCCAAAGGAUGAGCCAUCGCCUGUGCUGGAUAUCUUCGACAAUGGCAGUAAUACGGCCUCUCGGUCUGCAGACAUAACACCCGAAUCUAAACUGGCGAUGGCCAUCACACCUGCGACAUCCUAUCCACCUCUGCCUCAGCCCACCUCGUCCAGCCGAAUUCUCUCAAAGCCUGAAGUGCCCUUGUCGUACCCACUCUUCGCUCACCUCCACUCGCGAGGCUACUUCCUCUCGCCUGGACUGCGCUUCGGAUGUCAGUACGUGGCCUACCCCGGUGAUCCUCUUCGCUUUCAUUCGCAUUUCCUCGUCGUGUCGGCGGAAUGGGACCAGAACAUCGAUCUGAUGGACAUCAUCAACGGUGGUCGUCUCGGCACUGGUGUGAAGAAGGGCUUUCUUCUCGGUGGGCCAGAGAAGACUCGCGAAGAAGUCGACUCCGAGGCUGAGCGAGUCAAAAGCGUUCGUGCCUUCAGUAUUGAAUGGGCUGGCAUGUGA